AUGGGGGCACCGGGGGCUAAGGGGUACUGGGCGGUGAUCCCGUCUUGCUCACGUCCCUCCUGCCCCAGGCAGAGCUUCGCGCUGGUCCGGGGGGCCGCGCUGCUGCUGCCUGCCGAGGAGCCGCCAGCCUCCGGACCGUCCCCCGCCGUGCCCCCCGGGCGGCAGGAGCGGCACCUGCAGCUCAUGAUGCAGCUGCUGAGAUCGCAGGACGCCAUCCAGCUGGCAGUGCGGCUGGAGUCAGCGCAGCCACAGCGGGUGCGGUACCUGCUGGUGGUGCGGCCAGAGGAGGAGGGCGCCGAGGGACAGACAGCACUGCUGGGAGUGGACUUCCCACACAAAGGGGCCGACUGCUGCACCCUGGGCAUGGUGCUGCCCCUCUGGAGCAACACCCAGGUCUUCCUCGAUGGUGAUGGGGGGUUUAGUGUGACAUCUGGGGGGCAGACGCGUAUCUUCAAGCCCAUCUCCAUCCAGACCAUGUGGGCCGUGCUGCAGGAGCUGCACCGUGCCUGCGAGCUGGCAGCCCAGGGUGGGCACAUCCCAGGGGGCCCAGCGCUGGCCUGGGUGCAGGAGUAUGCAGCAGCACUGGACUCGGAGCAGAGCUGCCUCAAUGAAUGGCUGGCCAUGGCCGACUUGGAGUCCGUGCGGCCUGGCUUGCUGCUGCCCACAGAGCCAACAGAGCGUGCAGUGCGGGCACUGCUGCGGGACGUGCUGACAUCUGCUGACCUGGAGAGCAUCACCUCCAAGGAGGUGAGAACAGAGCUGGAGCGGCGCAUGGGGCACAGCUUGGAGCAGCACAAGGACUUCAUUGACAACGAGAUGCUGCUGGUGCUGGCGCAAAUGGACCGGCCUUCACAUGUCUUCCCACACAUCUACCUGGGCUCUGAGUGGAAUGCAGCCAACCUGGAGGAGCUGCAGCAGAACUGUGUGACCCACAUCCUGAACGUGGCACGGGAGAUUGACAACUUCUUCCCAGCACUGUUCAACUACAUGAAUGUGCGGGUAUACGACGAAGAGACGGCCCAGCUGCUGCCCCACUGGAAUGACACCUUCCUUUUCCUCUCUGACAUCAAGGCUCGCGGGGGCCGGGCGUUGGUGCACUGCCGCAUGGGGCUGAGCCGCUCGGCAGCCACAGUGCUGGCCUACGCCAUGAAGGAGUUCGGGUGGUCCCUGGAGCGGGCGUUGCGCCACGUCCGGCGCUGCCGGCCCGGCGUGCAGCCCAACCCCGGCUUCAUGCGCCAGCUCGACUUCUACCAGGGCAUCCUGAACGCCAGCCGGCACAGCAGCUUCUGGGAGCCGCAGGCGGCGGAACGGGCGCCGGAGCCGGAGGAAGCCGUGCCGUGGGACGACGGGGCUCUGCCCCCUUCCCCAUCCGCGUCCUCACCGCCCCCCGAGGAGGACGGCAGGCCGGGGCUGGUGGGGGCCGCCCGGCGUCCCCGCAUCUCCCUGUGUGCCGUCAUGCGGAGCAUCAGCCAGAUGGAAACCCCCGAGAACCUCGGGGAGCCCUUGGGCGGGGAGGUGUCCGAAGGCGGCCAGGGCCUGGGGGACACGGAGGGCUUGAAGGCGGCCCCCCUAGGACCGCGGCCCAGGUCCCGGCCGUGCCGUGUGGUUCGCCAGGCCAGCGUGGAUGGAGACGGCGUACCUGCGGAGGAGCACAGCCCUACGGAAGGCUUCGCCCCGACCCGGGAGCUCGGCCCCCCCGGCGCUCCGUAGCCCACGGGGGCACGGGGCAGAGCUCCCACGCGACAGCACUGCGAGGCGCGGCCUGGCUCUGAUGGGGGCGGGGCCCGGGGAAACCACGCCGCUCUGUACGCACUUCGUGUCACCGCAGGGCCGCACCGCACGGCACUGCCGCUAUCACCAGCACUCACCGGCCAGAGAAUAAACCUCGAAGAGGGAUGGCAGCGA